AUCGGUUCCUGGUCUGUCGUGAUGGUUUCCGACUUCACCUCUUCGCAUCUCCGGCAUACUCUGUACCAGGUACUAUAAUGACCGCGCUGUGACAUAGACGACUGUACCGCAAAUUCAAAGAAAGACUACGCAAUUGUUAACGAUGACCGGGGCUAAAUAAAUAUGACCUAUGAUGCCGGCAACAGCGCUAUCCCGUCUCUUCCAGACACAGGACAAACCCCCCACGGACAACACGCAGAGCAUGGACCCGGGGUCUGAAUCCCAUCAUCCAAUGCCGGAAAAGGGAUCAAAUGGGCCAUCGACAUGGACCGGGAAACGAAUUGCAAUUGUGACCCUGAUCGUGGUGAUGGCCGUCUUUACCAUUGUCUUGGUCGUCACGUUGCCCAUUGAGCUGCGACCCCGGAACAGCUACCGCAUUGCUCGCGUUGAUUCCAAUUAUUACGAUGGAGCCAAUCGUCCCAAACGUGUUUUGGAAAACUUUCCGGAUCCUGGUCUACUUCAGGUUAACGGUACCUGGUAUGCGUUCGGAACUAAUGAGGCGAACAACGAUACGGAGGUACCGAGAGUGCCAGUCGCAAUAUCGUCGGACUUUAUCAAUUGGACAAAAUUGGAGAGUCGCCAGGUGCUACUAGCAGAUGGCGAUUGGGAAACCGAUGUUAACCACUGGGCGCCGGAUGCCAUGCAGCGGGACGAUGGAAGAUUCGUGCUCUACUAUUCCGGAGAAUUAAAGGACUGGAAGCGACAUCACUGCGUUGGCGUUGCUGUCACGAACAACACAAGCCCCCUGGGUCCCUAUGUGCCUCAGACUACCCCCCUGGUCUGUCCCCUAGACCAAGGUGGUGCCAUUGAUCCCUCCCCGUUUAAAGAUGUCGAUGGAAAGCUUUAUAUCGUCUACAAAGUCGACGGAAAUAGCAUCGGAAAUGGCGGAAGGUGCAACAACAGCAAACCACCCUUCAAGUCUGUCCCAAUCAUGCUGCAAGAACUCGAAAACAACGGUACUACUCCUAUUGGAGAUCCGGUGCAGAUUUUCGAGCAUGACGGCGACGAGGAUGGCGAGCUGGUCGAGUCCCCCAAUCUCAUCCGGACGGCGGAGGGCAUCUACUACCUAUUCUAUUCUUCCCAUUGCUUCAUAUCGCCCGAGUACGAUGUCAAGUAUGCCACAUCGCCAUCUCUCCGCGGCCCUUAUAGCAGGGCUAGAAGAGAGUUUCUCAGGACAGGCGAUUUCGAUCUCGAUGGCCCUGGAGGUGCCACUGUAUCCCAAGAUGGGACCAAGAUGGUUUUCCAUGCGAAUUGCGACCAUGAGCGAUGCAUGUAUGUGGCAGGAAUCCACAUCAACUCGACUGCAUUGAAUGUUACCUUGACUUCUUUAUGACAAUGGUGUUAUGGUGCAUGAAUAUGUAUGAUUAGAAGCGAAGAUACCUUGUUCCGUGAAGGCAUCUAGAAUCCAGAUAUAGAAGUCAGCCAAUAAGAAUGCGCAUGGAUGACGCCAUACCACAACGCGGCAUCCAAUCCAUCACCGCCUUCCAUAUACAGAACGAUC